AUGCAGUCCAAGAUCUUCACCGCCGCGCUCGCCGCCUUCUCCUUCGCUUCAGUUCAGGGAGCCGUUCUUCCUCGUGCUACCAUCACUCCUGGAACCAUUGUUACUCCUGGCAUCUCUUUCAACCCUGCCGAGCUUGGAGCCAACGAGUUGGCCUUCCGCACUCUUCAGGUCCUUACUGGCCAGAUUGCCCAGACCACCGCUCUCGCCAACAGCCUUGCCCUUCAGGCUACCGGCACUGCGACAGCUGCCGCUGAUCAGGUCCAAGCCGUUGUUGCUCAGCUGAGCUCCAACGCCGCUGCCAUCGCUGCCAACGUCGCCAGCAUUGUCGCCGCUGCUCCCACCGCGAUCCCUCCUGUUCCCAGCCCUACUGCCCCUGCUACUCCCGAUGUUGGUGGUCAGGCUGAAGCUCUCGUCCGCCAAGCUCAGGCACUCGCCAGAGCCCUGACUGCUCAGAUCGCCGCUCUCCAGGCUCAAGUCACCGCCAACGCUGGAACUGUCGCCGGAGUUGCCCAGAACGCGAUCCUCAUUCCUGCUUUGGUUCAGGCCCAGGCUGCCGCCGCCACUACACUCGCCACCAUCGGAACCGCCAGCAACCUUGCUCUCACUACUGCUGCUACCCUGACUGCCAACGCCCAGGCUAUUGUCGACCGCGUCCGCAACGCCCAGGUCAAGCUCAACCCCGUCCUCGUCAUCGGCGCUACUCCCGAUGUCCAGUUCUAA